AUGAUGUUGAUCCACUGCAAUGCGGUGCCGAAGUUCGUGAAUCUGCUGGGCUCUCAGGAUGCAGAUUGCCGUGAUCAGUCGGCAUGGGCGAUUGGAAACCUUGCUGGGGAAGGGGCCUCGUGCCGGGAUGUGGCCCUCGCCAACGGCGCGAUGCCGGCACUGCUGCGGCUUUUACUGGACCCUUCGCAGCCGCUGAAUGUCCUGCGGAACGUAACCUGGGCCGCGUCGAACCUCUGUUGCGGCGUUUCUUUCUGUGUUAUGUAUUCCUACAUCAGAUUAUUAUGUUUACCUUGUUCUUUACUUCUGGGUCAAAAAGGGCUCUAACGUGUCACUGGUUUUAUACUUCCAACAUUAUGGUCAAAAUGGGCAUGGUGGAGUUCAGGAAAUGACAGCUUUACUCAGCUUUACGACUAAUCGGAAGGGAUGCAACAGUUUAGAUUUGAGUAUAUACACUUUCGUAUCGUCAAAAAAUUAUGAGUCUUCUGUGUCUAGGUCUGAUUUAUCUUGGGCCAAUACUUAGAUUUUAAGAGGUGUUUUG